AUGUCGACUCAGCCGCAGAAACCAUUACCCCAGGUUGGGAAACUUGUCAGUGUGGUUCCAGUUGGUUUAAAGGAGGCAGCCCUCGAUUCGCCGACGUUUCGUGCCACCACACUCCACUUUUCCGAUCAGAUCGAAUUCCUCGAAAGAUGGCUCGAUGGAUACGCGAAGGCCGGAUCCAAGCUCUCGAUGGAGCUUGCGGCCAUGGAGGGGAUCGUGAAUACGUUUCUAUCGUACUCGAUGAACCCCCUUGUGGUCUCCGAAGCCGUCCUCGACCAUGAUUACACCCUGUUGUCAAUGAGAAGGAGCGGUGACAGCUCGAGGGAUCUAUGGAACGGAUUGGUAUCUACCACCAAACGGAUCGAAAUGCUCGUUUCGGAACCUAUCAGAGUUUUCAUACAGGAAGAUCUGCGGAAUUUUAAGGAGACCCGCCGCGUACUCGACCAAGCGCAAAAACAGUACGACUAUUUACAAUCCCGAUAUGCCUCGCAGUCGAAGUCGAAAGAGCCCUCGUCCCUAAGAGAAGAUGCAUUCCAACUCCAUGAGGCCCGCAAGGCGUAUCUCAAAGCGUCUAUGGACUUUUCGGUCCAAGCUCCUCAAGUGCGAAACAGUCUCGACAGGUUGUUGGUACGAGUUUCGUUCGAUCAAUGGCGGGAAUUCAAGACUUUCCACAGCAACAAUGGCUCGACUUUUACAAAAUGGGGCCAGGAGAUGGAUCGUAUUAAGGGAUGGAUUCAUGAGAUGGAGGGAAGCGAGAAGUCCUCCAGGCGGGAGCUUCUGUCUGCCAGGAAGCAGAUCGAGGAAGCUGCAGAGGUUGUCGCGAGGCCUUCCCGUGAGCUUGAGGACUACUCUAUAUCGACCGUGCCCUACCUUGGAUCCCGCCCUUUGUCGACACUCGAGAUGACGAAAGAGGCCAGGCCGGAAAAGCAAGGAUGGGUUAAUUUGCGCACCCUCUCGGGGAAGCCCACACGCACGAUUUGGGUCAGACGAUGGGUUUUCUUGAAGAAUGGAAUCUUCGGCUGCCUUGUGCAAGGAGCUCGCACCGGAGGAGUUGAGGAAAGCGAGAGGAUAGGUGUUCUGCUCUGCAGCAUUCGCCCGGCUUUCCAAGAAGAACGCCGCUUUUGCUUUGAAGUGAAGACCAAGAGCAACACCAUCGUGCUGCAAGCAGAGACGCAGAAAGAACUCAUGGAAUGGAUUGCGGCUUUCGAAGCUGCGAAGCGAAAAGCUCUAGAGCGCCCAGCGAGCCCUGAUCUUUCACUUGCCGGGAAAGACGCGAUUCAAGACCCUGCUUUUGCGAUAUCUGCUCCUCCGGCCCCCGAAUUUGCCGCUGAUCCGGCUGACUCGCUCACUCCACACUCAAGCGAGGAGCAAGGGUCGUCCGAGCGUGGUGGAAUGCUUCCUCUUCCCGACAGAGACCCAAACGCUCUGCGGAACAGCAGUGACUUUGGUGCCUACAGACGCCUAACCUCCCUAGAACCCGAGAGCUCGACGAGAGAACACACCUCACGUAUCAUCCAGAAAUUGGACCUCCAUCGCAAGUCUAACACGGUGCAACCCUCCAACUCUAUACCCGGAGCCGGGGGUGGCAUAGCCAGUUUGAUCUCCUCCAGUCACAACGCUCUUGGCUCGGGUACUGCUACGCCGUACGGCUCGCCAGAGAAUGAUAUCAACAGGGGCAACGAGUCUCCUACAACCUUGGCACCACCGACGCUGGCCAAUCCUCCUGCUCCUACGAGUAUGAGUAAGGCAGCUGUCAUUGUCAGCAAUGAAAGAGGACUUGGACUGGGUCAGGCCGACAAAACAGGAGGUAUGCCUAGUGGCAUGAUGGCAAACUUGUGGGGAAGUUCCAAUUGGGGCUUCGUAAACCGACUGGAACGUGAACGCCUGGGGAUCUCUGAAACACAUCAGGACACGGAUUCUGAGCAUCUUCUGACUUCACCGACGAGUGAUUCAUCAAAACAGAACAACACAUCUGAAACCAAAAGCCCCGCUAAACCAUCGGGUUCACGCCAUCGACAGACUAUGAGUCUUGAUGGGGAUACAACCAAGGUUCAAAGGGCACUCACGGGUGUUGCCCAUGAAUAUCCUAGCUACUAUCCGCACCAACUCAAGAUUCAGGAUUCCCAAUUUCGACUUCUGUUCCCCAAUGUCAAAAGAGAGGAAGCCCUGGUCAUGGUGUUCCGAGCUACGUGGAGUCCAAACGAUCAACAAGAAUUCCCUGGAAGAGCCUACGUCACUACACGCGAUAUAUACUUCUAUAGUCAUUAUUAUGGACUGGUGUUGACAACGAGUGUUUCGUUGGAAAGCAUUAAGGAAGUCACUGCAGCUCCUGGAAGAGACUGCGACUUCUUGUUUCUGCACACCAUUCCGCCCCCUGGCGAAGACAGUCCCGGCCGGGUCACAGUCAAGACAUUCCUUGAACCGUUGAAGCUGCUCCAACGGCGUCUAAAUUUCCUGAUAAACGAUUCCACUGCCGUUGAGCCACUCAACUUGGAGGCCAUCUUCAAGGCUCUUACCAAGAUGGAGACGGAUCCUUUGACUCGGACUCCUAGCGUGGACAGCUGGGAGGAUGUGGCUGCCGCAGCCGACAAGGUUGCCGACAGUGAAGACACCACCGAUCAAGGUCCCAGAAGAGAAUUCCGCGCUCCAAUUUAUAUCGACAAAGAUUUGGACAUACACUCCAAGAAAGCCGUCAACGGCAAGGAUGUGCCAAGGUUCAGGUUGCCCACUCAAGCCGUACAAUAUGUUCCCCAGGGGAAUCUACACCUAGCAGCGGAGAAGGAAUUUGAUAUCAGUCCCAAGGCGAUUUUCCAUAUCCUUUUUGGGGAUAAGAGUGCAGUUUGGCAACUACUUUUGCAUCAGAGAAAAGCUAAAGACAUCAAACAAGGCCCUUGGACCAGAAAUGAAUCGCGCCACCUACGGCGGGACUUCCAUUACCAGAUUGAGGCAGUCGACAUUCUAGGACGGUCUGAAAGCAAAGAUAUUUCCGAUUACCAGAUGAUCGAUGUUCUAAAUGAUCACCUCUGUUAUGUGAUUACGGAUAAACGAACACCAUGGCACCUUCCCUUCAGGCGCUCGUUCAGGUUGGUCAGCAAAAUCGUCGUCACCUUCCUAGCCAAAGGAAAGAGUAAACUUGCCAUCUAUACGAAGGUGGAGUGGCUAUGGUCACUUUACGGUCUACAGAGUGUCAUUGACAAACAAGCCACUGGCGACUUGGAGCAGGAUGCCUUGGAUCUACUAGAUUUAGUUGGUGACCAGGUGCGCCGACUCGGAGCUCACAGUCGGACCAAGAAGGCCAUUACCAUAUUCGGCCACGUCGGACGUCAAAGCUCUGUGUCGCAGUUCUCCGGCCAGCCGGAUUUCAAAAUCGAGCCUCGCAAGCCUCGGACUCAAAGAACACUAGUGCAACUACUCUACGAGAUCUUCGUCUCUUUCAUGGAGAGCGCCAUUUCAUCCGUGAUGUUGUGGACAUUUGCGCUCCUGCGAUGGGUGUGGAAGACUACGAGUGCACACAAGGUCAUACUCCUGUUGCUAGUAUCAAGCGUGUUUUUGAAUGGACUCUAUACGUCGCAGGAGGCCUAUGAGUGGUGGCAUGAUCGAAACGCCGAAAAAUUCAUGGCCCGCCUGGGCGUCCACCCGGAUCAGGUCAUGAGCAAAGCUAUCUACAUGCGAGAUAUCGAUGAUGCACUUGCAAACUCGACCGUUGGACAGGCCAGCAACAACGCGAGCGAGUGCUUUGCUACUUUCCAUCAGCAGACAAUUGGGGGUGACGGGUCCUCGCGCUCCCUCGGUGCAUCGGGUCCUCGGGACUCCAUGACCAAGAGCGCUGCCAGGCGGCUUCAGCAGACUCGCGAACGACUGGCUUUGUAUCGCCAUAACCUCCUGGUGGCUCUUCGAGUGGUCAACAGUAUCGAGAAGGAGGUCAUCGAGAACGAAUGGGAGCGCUGGCUCCGACAAGAAUUGCGACGGUGUCGUCAGGUGGAAGUUCUUCUCCACAAGUCCGAAGCUGGUGACGAGGUCGAUCUGCAGGCAGAGCGCAUGAGCCAGACCGUCUUCGCCGGCCUCUCCGACGACGUCAGACAAUGGUACGACCAAUACUGCACGAGUUGCCAGCGGGAACAGGAACAACUCAUCGGCGACCACCGUGUAUCCGAGGUUUCAUAG